UGGAGACUGUAAAUUGUUCCAGCUGUUGAAAACAACAAGAUAACACCACGAUGAAUAAGCGGUGAAAGACCCAUCACUGGUGCUUCUGGUUAAUUCUUGAUGGAUUUAACGAAGAAAAUGAAUUACUCUCGAUAUCUUACAGCUGUGAGCUUGGCUAGACAGCCAUCUGCACUGAGGAAGUUGACGGCCAUCCAGAAUGCCGGUCCACCCACUCUUAUAACAUUGGCAACUGGCGCCCCCAACAGUACACUGUUUCCAUUUCAUGAAGCAACCAUUACACUGAAAGAUGGCUCUUCCUUCAAGCUGAGUGACUCCCUGAUGACAGCAGCCUUGCAGUAUGGACCCACACCAGGGUUCACUCCAUUAGUGAAGUGGCUGAAGGGGCUCCAGCAGAGAUUGCACAACCCUCCCACCUUGACCAGACCAGGACCAGAGGGUGGACUGGACCUGGUGGUCACUACAGGGAGUAUGGAUGGUCUGGCCAAGGCUUUUGAUAUGUUGAUAAAACCAGGUGACAAUAUUCUUAUUGAUACACCAACAUAUGCAGGGACUUUAUCAGCACUACAUCCACUGGGCUGCAACUUCCUAGAUGUCCAGACAGACCACUGUGGCAUGGUUCCUGAUGCCCUGAGAAACAAACUGUCAAAGUGGACCCCUGGAGAUUCCAAGAAAGCUGACUCUGACAUCCCCAAGGUGCUUUACACCAUACCUAAUGGCUGUAACCCCACAGGGGCCUCACUGACUGAGAGUAGAAAGAGAGAGAUAUAUAAGAUAGCUCAAGAAUAUGAUUUGCUUAUUAUGGAAGAUGACCCUUAUUAUUUUCUACAGUACACUGAUUCUCCCGCUCCAAGCUUUCUUUCAAUGGAUGUAGAUGGAAGGGUUCUGCGCUUUGACUCCUUCUCUAAGAUCUUAUCUUCAGGGUUUUGUUGGCCCCAGGUUAUGUAUUCUUGUCUGAUCCCAAUGAGAAAACGUCGUACAUAAGGGCCUCGUUUUCUCAAGCAACCCCCGAGCAAAUAGACAAGGGUUUUGAGCGCCUAGCCAGUUUGAUCAAGGAAGAAUUGGCAGCACAGGGAAAGUGAUUCUUGAAGAGGAAUAUCGCAGUGAUAUGAAAUGACUCUCUGCAUUGGAAUCUUAGAGAAAGUUCAUCUAUCCUUUCAACAAUAGGUAGAGAUGAGUGGACAUGAGCUUUUCCCAUGGAUUCACAAAAUUCCUAGAUUUUCAAUUAAACUCUAAAUUAGAGCUAAAAUGAUCACUGAACCCAAAUUAAGUGUUUGAUUCAAUAGCAAUUGUUCUGUAAAAUUUUAAUCCCAUAAUCAUGUACAGUUAAUUGAUUUAAGCAAAUUUAUCUGUUGAGGAGACAAAGAAUAUUCUAGACUGAAUGAUAAAAAGAAGAAUUCUUAGUUCCUUUUUCAGUAAACUUUAGUUUUAUUUAGAUGUAAACUAAUAUAUAGUUUUAAAGAUUUAUUUGGUGCAGGGCAACAAGAAUAUAAUCAAAAAUUUUAGACAUGUAAUUACAUCUACUUUAUGCUAUUAGUAUACAGCAAGUGGGUUAUGUGUACAACUACACAAAAUACAUAUUUCCUAUAUUGUAGUCCAAUUAACUUAAUAAUAUGCCAUUGCAUUUCAAUAAUUAAUCUGACGGAUUAAUGUCAAUAUAUUGUUACAUUAUUAGGCUUAGGGUGAAUUUGAAAGAUGGUGUGUGAUUUACAAGUUGCUCACAGUAUUAUUUUAGAUCUCUUGUUCUAAUUUGUUUAUUCCAGAUAAAGUUUUAUGUUAAUAUUCUGAUGUAUGUUAUGUAUUUUUGCUGAACAGACUUGAAAGCUCCAAUUACAAACUUUUAAUUUUUAAUCUGUUGUUCAUAAUGUAACUAUUGGAUUAAAAUCCCUUUUCAUUAAACCUUAAACUGCAACUGGUGAAAGCAUCAAUCACAAUCUCUUUAUUAUUUAUCUGUUGUUCAUAAUGUUACUGCUGAUUUAAAAUCCAUUUUCAGCUUAAACUUUUUAAAUAGAUUUUUGAUUAGAUAUUGUGAAACUAUACUUAAUAAUUUUAAAAUGUUAUUGUACGUCACAUUUUGUAAUGUAUAUUUGCAUUUUCUGUAAAAUAUGAUAUAAUUGAUUAAUAUAACCAAAAAAAAACCUUUGCAAUUCCAUGUUUUUAAUAAUAAUUAUGAUAAGUUGAUAAAUUCUUUUGCUUCAUGCAAAAGUGGUGAAACCUGCUAGCUCUCCUAAUCUCAUCAGUGGCCCCAGAAAUUACUUAGAAUCAAACAUCAUCCAAUGUUGACCUGCAUGCUUUAUUAUUAGUAUUGGUGAAUUCAGGUGCCAUCAGCACAAUCCCAGAGGCAUAAGUAUUGUGUUAGUUGUUACAAAACACAUUGUGUUUGGAUGUGAUUGUGAUAUUGCAUGGGUGAACUUGAAAACAAGACAUUCAAAACAAAAAUUGAUCUUGCUAAGUUGCCAGCAGUUUUAUACAAAUAUUUGAAAGGAAAAUUAUAAAAUGUAUGACAAAAGGGUAAAACAUUAAAAAGGAUGCAACAAGAAAUAGCCUAUUGUUUGAGUGACUGGUACAGCCAGUUACUAUGGUUGCUAUGGUAAUAAAAAGCUGAUUUUUUUAAAUCGAAGUUUUAUCUUUAGAAGGGUACUGAUCCUUUUUUAAGCACUGAAGCAGUGUUAUGUUUAAGUUAUAAUUAAGGUAAAUAAA